AAGUUACGCAGAGGAAGUAGUUUCGCGUCGAAACCACGCCCCCACCCGCCCCUAGCCCUAAGCUCCGCCCUCAGCGGCGCGCAGAGCAGAGGCAAGAUGGCGGCUGAGUUGGAGUACGAGUCUGUGCUGUGUGUGAAGCCGGACGUCAGCGUCUACCGGAUUCCACCCCGAGCCUCCAAUCGCGGCUACAGGGCAUCUGACUGGAAAUUAGACCAGCCUGAUUGGACUGGUCGUCUCCGAAUCACUUCAAAAGGGAAGAUUGCCUAUAUUAAACUGGAAGAUAAAGUUUCAGGGGAGCUCUUUGCUCAGGCACCAGUAGAACAAUAUCCUGGUAUUGCUGUGGAGACAGUGACAGAUUCCAGCCGUUACUUUGUAAUCAGGAUCCAGGAUGGUACUGGGCGCAGUGCGUUCAUUGGCAUUGGCUUCACAGAUCGGGGAGAUGCCUUUGACUUUAAUGUUUCAUUACAAGACCACUUCAAGUGGGUAAAGCAGGAAACUGAGAUUUCCAAAGAAUCGCAGGAAAUGGACAAUCGUCCCAAAUUGGAUCUAGGCUUCAAGGAAGGACAGACCAUCAAGUUGAGUAUUGGGAACAUUACAACCAAGAAAGGAGGAGCAUCUAAGCCCAGGACUGCAGGCGCUGGGGGCCUAAGCUUACUCCCACCACCUCCAGGAGGCAAAGUCACUAUUCCGCCCCCAUCCUCAGUGGCCAUCAGCAACCAUGUCACCCCACCACCCAUUCCAAAGUCUAACCAUGGAAGUAGCGAUGCAGAUAUCCUUCUAGAUUUGGAUUCUCCUGCUCCUGUCACAACACCAGCACCAGCUCCAGUUUCUGCCAGCAAUGACUUGUGGGGAGACUUCAGUACUGCAUCCAGCUCUGUUCCAAACCAGGCACCACAACCGUCCAACUGGGUCCAGUUUUGAGUGCCAUUGACAGUACAUUAAGUACAGACUUGAAUAAAGAUGACUUUGAGGGCACCAAUCUUUGAGGGAGGUUAGGAACCCUUUUUCCUCCCCAGAACCAAAUGAAUGGACAAUCUUUUUCAUAGCUUCUCCAUUAUAUUCAAGCUGAUUUAUGUCACGCCCCUAUGUUGUUACAUGCUGUGAGGCCAAGAGAGAUCUGUUAUUUCCUGCUCUUUACUGUGACAGGGAAUAGUGGGUCUUACCAUUACCUAUGGCUGACUAUGGACUGUUUAGAAGGCCAGUGACUUUGCGAGGGGAAUGCCUCUAACAUUCGUAAAGAUUGUAUUCGUUUUCUGAGUUCUUGAACUUAUUUCAGAAUCAUCUCAUGACCCUGUAAUACCCCUUUGUGAAGCCCUCUUCACUGAUUUGAGGGAAAAGAAAAGCCUUGGAACUUUCUUUUUCCUUAACCCAAAACUCUAAAAAUGGAUGGGCUGACCUCAGUAUUUACCAAUUUGAGAGUUUUGAAGGCUGGACUACAUAGUCGCUUCAAGACCAGCUUGAACUACAUAGUAAGACCAUGUCUCAGUUAAAAAAAACAAAACACAAAACCAUUGGGAGAGGCAGGUUUGAGACUGCUCUGUGUCCUGGGUCUCUUCAGCCUCCUCCAGGUUCCCCAUUCAGGGAGCAGUGAACAUCCAGUGCUGGUGCAGCUCCAUUACUGAGACUCUGAGUGUUUACAUAUCUCUUCCUGAGAUGAAAGGGCUGUGUCAUGGCACUGCCCCUGUUCUUUGCUCUUUGUUGGGUAGUGCAACAUCUUUGAGCAGUGGGUAUUUCUAGGAUGGAGGAGGCUCAAUGGGCUGUGAUUUCCAAAUUAUACAAGUGUUGACUUUCUUGCAGCUCCAUCUGGUUGCUGCAUUGGAAGCACAGCAUUCCUUUGUAGUCACCUUUUAUUUGACUUAAAAUGGAAGCGUUUAGAGUUUUUAACCUGAUUAGUAGAGCAGAGAGGUUGAAAGCACUUAACUCUCAUUCAGUGCCCAAAUUGCCUUGCUACCUGGGUAUCUGACCUCUUUCCAUAAACAUUUCUUUUACAAUCCAUCUGAUUUUUCAGUAGAAAGCUCCUAUCACAUAUAUUGUCUUUAUGAAGGAAGUUGGGGAGUCACAGUUUUAUUUCUGACAAUUUUCGCUUCAGACUUUGGUACUCACUAGCAAGAGUAUCUUCAAAGCAAGUUGUUGGUAUACUAAAUCCUUUCCUUAUGCCCCAUCAUUCCUUUUACAGUGCUGUGAAAAAAGUUCCCUGUCUUAGGGAUUAUUAUUAGCAACUUACCUAUUUUUGUUUGUUAAUGGACAAUUUGAAGGAUUAAAUGGGAGGAUAUAAUUUCUUCCCUUAGCACCUAUUUGGGUAUGUACAUUCUGAUUGAAGGCGGUAAGUCCUUGUAUUUGGUUUCAAACUAUAUUGUUUCUUCUGGAUUUCCUUCUUAACUUACUCUAACUUUGGGUCCAUUUUUUUUCAUUGCCUCCCCUUCCAGGCAGCUCUAUUCUUGGAGAACUAUGGCAGGACAUUUUAAAAUUUCACUAGAAAACACUAAAAGUCUAUAGGAUCACUAGUGACUACUGGGAGCCUAUUUUUCUCAAUCUUCCUCCAUGUUGUGUUCUUUGUAUUCUCAAGAUGAUAAUAUAUUAUGUAUUUCAAUUGCUGAAAAGUUGAAAAUGAAGUUAAGAUAUAUGUAUAUAAAGCAGAUGCUGUAUUGGUGCAAUAAUGGUAAUUAAAAUAUAGAAAAAGGUGUUUCUUU